AGAUUUGAAGGUACAAAAAGUCGAUAAAUUGAAAAUAUUGUCGUGCUUUUCUGCUCGGGAAAUUUUUCUUAAAUAAGUGAUAAAUAUGUCUGCAACCGAGACAGAUAUCUCUAAAAUGAAGGUGGCUGAACUGAAGGCUGAGCUAAAGAAGCUUGGUCUUCCAACCACUGGCCAGAAAACAGAACUGAUCAGCCGCCUUAAAGAAGCCUUACAGAGCACAGAUGAUGACAUUGGUGACGAUGAUGAGGGAGAUGAUGUCCUGCAGGAUGACGAUGAAAUCAUCCUUGCAGAAGAACAAGAGACAGUCACAGAAAGCAAAACAGAAGCUGAAAAAGAAGCCAAAGAAGAGGUUGAAAACGAGAAGCCAGAGCCCAAAGUCAUCUCUACCAAGAUGUCAGAGGAAGAUCGAUUAAAGAAGAGAGCAGAGAGGUUUGGAGCAUUAAAUGAUGAUCUGAAAAAGAAAGCAAGAGCCGAGAGGUUUGGUGGGACUGUGCAGGCUAGCAAUGGAAAAAUCACAUCAGAUGUUGCUACUGAUGUUGACAAACUCAAGCAAAGAGCAGAGAGGUUUGGGACGGUGGUAGCUCCAGUUUUGUCCAAGGUUGCUACAACAGAGAAGCUGAAAGAGAGAGCGGAGAGGUUCGGUACCGUCGUAGCCCCUGUACUAUCUAAGUCAGCUGAAGAGGAGAGACUACUAAAGAGGAAGGAGCGAUUCGGAGCCAGUGUUACCUCAGCAGCAUCCACAGAUAGUUCAGAGGCAAAGAAAAAGCGAGCUGAAAGAUUUGGAUUGACGUAAAUGGGAUUCACAAGAAUCAUUGGACCAUGCAAUGAACUUCGCUUACUUCCUUUCAUCUCUUGAAUCGCAAUGAAGGCUGCUAACAUGUUUUCAUAGUUAUACAACAGUUAUUUCUGUAAAAAAGAAAUCAUGUUUUAUUUUAAGUAUGUAAAAUCUUCAAACAGAAUGUAUGUUAGUUUAGUUGAACCACAUAUUAUGAGUUGAAAAAUUCAGUUUUAAAGAAUGCUACCCUUUACUCUUAGUUUAAUAUGAAGAGCAUUUCCUCUUAAAGAAUUAUUCAUAUUUUAAUAUUCCAAGAAUUUUGUAAAGCUAGGAAAAAAAAGAGAAAUACUUGUUUGAGAAAUCUGGCAGAUUAUGAAAUCCAUGUAUGCAUGCAAUGUGUAUGUAUGUAUGUACAGGUUUACAGCUCAUACAGUAUGCUAUUAGGUUUACAGCUCUUACAGUACAGAUUUACAGCUCAUACGGUACAGGUUUACAGUUCAGACAGUACUCAACAAACAACGUGUAUAGUUCUGCUGACAUCCUUAUCCCAAAUUUUGCAAACCAACUUUUAAUUAUUAUAAAAUUUACCUGAGAUAAACUGAUUUGCUUUGAAUAAUUUUUUCUAUUUAUAUGUGAUGUUAUUUAUACAUCCAUACAGCAAGGAUUGGUUGUCAUUGAGGCUCUCUUGAACUUUGCAAAAAUAAAUUCUGGCAUGGGAAUAAAAGUUGGUGUUCAAUAUGCAGUCAUAAAUUAUUUUUUUAUAAAUUUUCAUCCCAUGUCUUUAAUUGUCAUCUUUUUACACUGUUUGCAAAUGACAGCAAUUCAGAAGUACAUAUCAAGGUACAUGGACUGGUAUUUGAUUAUUAAAAGGGUAGCCAUGGACAAAACAGUUGAAAUUAAACCUGGGUAUUUUUGUAACAUGCAUUUUAACUGCAUACUCAUACUGUCAUGCAUAUAGUUUAUUUUCAAAUGAUUUUUGUCCAAAACGAAAUCUAGUUUGUAACGAAGCCAAAUUUCAAUUUUGUUGAUGUUCAGUGGUAGAUUUUUUUCCCCCAAAGAGUCAUUAGAUAUACUCAGUGGAGUAUACUGAUGUCCGUACAAAAUCAUGUAUUUGUGUUUUUUAGCUUAGAAAAUCAUAUUACAUAUUUUUUCAUAGUAAAGUCUUACUUAUGAACAUCCAUCUAUAUGUGAAUCAAUGCUAUCUAAACCUGUACUAUAUCAGCUAAAA